GUUUGGAUUGGUUUUCUACUUUAUACUUAAAAUAUAUAGCAAGGUUUACCCUUCUUCUUUUGUGCCAAGUCACCUUCUGAACAGUGCAUCCUCGGCAGAUAACCGAGCCGUAUUUACAAAAGGCCCUUAAAAGUAUAAGGAGAACGGGAGGACUACAGAACCCGAAGGAAAAAGAAAAAUACAUCGCGACUCAGGAUGCUGAUUCGCAAUGUUCUUCGCAGCUUUAGCUGUUCCAUAGCACUUAUGGUCCCAUUCGGCAAUACCCAGACCGGACCUGAGGACGCCAAAGCUAUCGAAGCUAAAGUUUUGACUUCGAGACAGACUGCUGCGUGGGGGAAAUGGGGAUCUGUCAUUGCAUUGCCCCUUGUUGCAGCGGCAUGUUUUCUUCAACCUUCGGGAAAUAUUCUUACUUUUUCUUCUUUUGCGAAAGAUGCGUUCUCGGGAUCACCAAGAGGGUUCACAUUGAUGUCAACCUUCAGUCCUGAUGGCACGACGUCGCUGUUGAAUGUUAGUAAUACAGGACAUGAUAUGUUCUGUCCAGGAAUGGUACGUUUUUCCCCUCGCCCAACCCUGCAUCUCAUGCUUCCCCCACUUCCCCUAUCUCGCUUAACUCCCACGUUCCUCCGUAAGAUCUUACACAAGAAAUGAAAGACUAACAUUAACCAUUCUAGUCACUUGACGCCAACGGAAGAGCAAUAAUCACAGGCGGAAACGACGCCUCCAAGACCAGCAUCUACGACUCCUCAACCAACGCCUGGAGCGCCGGAGCAGCAAUGAAAAUCACCCGCGGCUACCAAGCAUCAGCCACCCUUUCCGACGGAAGGAUCUUCACCAUCGGCGGUUCCUGGAGCGGCGGACGAGGAGGAAAGAAUGGCGAGAUCUACAACCCAACCGCCAACACCUGGAAUUUACUUUCCGGAUGUCCCGUCGCACCAAUUUUGACAGCCGACUCGACUGGGCCCUACCGAGCCGAUAACCACGGCUGGCUCUUCGGGUGGAAAAACGGAUAUGUCUUCCAAGCAGGACCGAGUAAAGCAAUGAAUUGGUAUGGANGAGCCGAUAACCACGGCUGGCUCUUCGGGUGGAAAAACGGAUAUGUCUUCCAAGCAGGACCGAGUAAAGCAAUGAAUUGGUAUGGAACCUCAGGUUCCGGGUCACGAGCCGCUGCCGGAACUCGUGCUGCGGAUCCUGAUGCCAUGGAUGGGAAUGCAGUUAUGUAUGACGCUGCCGCAGGAAAGAUCGUUACAUUUGGUGGUUCGCCAAACUACGAUCCCUCGGAUGCGACGAAGAAUGUCCAUCUUAUUACCAUUGGUAUACCACCAGCUCCCGCCACGGUCACAAAGCUUACCUCCAUGACCUAUGCUCGUGCUUUCGCGAAUUCGGUUGUACUUCCCAACGGCAAGGUGUUUGUUACGGGUGGACAAUCACGUGCAGUCCCCUUUUCUGACGCUACAGCGAUCAUGAAUCCUGAGCUUUGGGAUCCUGUAACGCAGGCUUUUACUAUCAUUCCAGCGCAUGCUAUUCCGAGAACAUACCAUAGUGUUGCCCUACUUAUGCUAGAUGGACGAGUCUUUACUGGAGGGGGUGGCCUUUGUGCAUCUUGCUCAACCAACCAUCUUGAUGCGCAGAUCUAUAGUCCUCCUUAUCUCUUUGCCUCAACAGGAGCUUUGGCAACACGACCUGUGAUCAUGUCAAUUUCGGCAGAAGCUGUAGUAGUAGGCGGAACGAUCUCAAUUACCACUCAUACGGCCGCAUCGAGUUUCUCAAUUGUUCGAUUCGGUUCUGCGACUCAUACUGUGAAUACGGAUCAGAGGCGGAUUCCACUUGUGCCCACUAUCUCAUUCUCAGGAAUCGAUGGACAGAACUAUGUCUUCUCUAUUCCAAAUGACGCCGGUGUUGCCUUACCUGGGUAUUGGAUGUUUUUUGCUUUAAAUUCAGCGGGAGUUCCGAGUGUUGCGAAGGCGUUCCGUGUCUCGGUUUAGUUUUAUCGAGUAAUACAAGCUGUUGGUGGUAACUGAGAGGUGUAGGAUUCUCACAUGCUUUAUUAGCGCGUUUAUAAAUUAACUAAUAUUAAUAGAAGUUAGUUGAAAC